GAGACGAGACCACACAUGAAGAGGCGACCAGAGGGUUAGCAGCUAACAGCUAGCAGGCUAGCACCGGAUAACAGAGGGUUAGCAGCUAACAGCUAGCAGGCUAGCACCGGAUAACAGAGGGUUAGCAGCUAAGAGCUAGCAGCUAACACCAGCUAACACUCCUCCACUGGGCUAGCAGCAGUUAGCAGCAGCAGCAGGUAUCUCUCCUCCUCUGAGCUGACAGCAGUUAGCAGCAGUUAGCAGCAGCAGCAGGUAUCUCUCCUCCUCUGAGCUGAUAAUAAUAAUAAUAAUAAUAAUAUGAGUCUUUAAUUGAGAACCGGAGCUUCUAUGAUCCAGCUGAGCUUCCAGAGAGACAAACACAGUUCAGCUUCACAAGAGGUGAGCCAUGGCUGAACCGAACCCCUCCCGUCCCCAGAGGAAGAUGUCCACCGCUGGGGAAAGUGUGUACAAAGUGCUGGGCCUGGAGAAAGGAGCGACUGCUGAGGACAUCAAGAAAGCAUACAGGAAACUAGCAUUGAAGUACCACCCGGAUAAGAACCCUGACAACCCUGAGGCAGCGGAGAAGUUUAAGGAGAUUAACAACGCCAACUCCAUUUUAAACGAUGAGACAAAGAGGAAGAUCUAUAACGAGUAUGGCUCCAUGGGCCUUUAUGUGUCUGAACAGUUCGGAGAGGAGAGCGUCAAAUAUUACUUCCUCAUGUCCAAAUGGUGGUUUAAGGGUCUGGUACUGUGCUGCACCAUGUUCACCUGCUGCUGCUGUUGCUGCUGCUGUUGUUUCUGCUGUGGGAAGUGUAAACCACCUGACGAUGAUGAAAACUACCAGUACGUGGACCCUGAAGACCUGGAGGCCCAAAUCAAAGCAGAGCAGGACGGAGGUUAUACAGUAAUUAUAGGCCAGCCCAAAUCUAAUCUGGGUCCAGAGAGCCCAGAAGGCCAGAGUCAGCCCAUCCCCCUGCCGCUGCCCAUGCCUCCGCCUGAGCCCCGGUCGCCGACCUCGGCCAGUCCAGCAGGGGAGGAAAACCCCGGAGAGACGCUACCAGAGUCAAAGUGACUCGAAAGUGACGGUGUGGAUGAGCCUCAACUAGCAGAAGUAGGUAGCCUUUCAAGCCCCGACUAUGAUCCAGCCACAUCCGCCUGCUGCCAGAGAUCAAACCAGCCCAGACCCACACCUCCACUUGAUCGACCCACUGAACAACACCUGUAAGGUGGACACUGGAAGGCUCUUGGCCCCCUCCAUGGAGCUCAAGUUAUGGAGGAGUCUUCAUGCAAAUUAAACAACUAGCUCUGAACGUCUUAGUCGUCUUUCUCCUUCCAGCUUUGCCACGUCCAUUUAACCCUAGCCUGGGCUAGAUGUGAUCUCGCCAACAGUUCCAGUCAUCCAGGACUCCUCUCUAAUCUGUUUAAUCAUCCCAUUACAACCAGUGAGGACUGGGCUGGAAGAUGGCGAACACAGUCCAUCAAGGAACGGUGAUCCUCGUUAUUGAUCCGCUAUCCAGACCAGGACGUGAACUCUCUCUGUCCCAUCCUCCCUGCAUCGCCCUCCAUUCUGGACUCCAUUCAUCACCAACAUUUCUCUGUCCUCCAAAUAAAAAAGAAGGUUUUUGGAUGCCACUUGUGACACAUCAUCAGACGCCAGCGGCGUGACGAGCGGCGUGACGAUGUGGGUGUGGAGGAGCUGUUUUUGUUUACUCUCCCUUCAGUCUAACAAACAAUCACAUUCAGUUAAAAGCUGCAUUAACACCUUCCAACGUUCAUCCUUUCAAACAAGCUCUUGAUGCCAUGUGUGGUGGUUGACAAUAUUCUUCUUUCGAAGGACGAUUAACAAGAUUUCAAAUCGGGACGCUACUACUUCGCACGAACGCACAAAUGUGAGGAGGGGAAACAGAAGAUCUGCGACUGACAGAUUAUGUGUUUGAGCUGAAGAUUUAGAGCAUGGAUCAGGAGUGGAGUGGAGACGAGGCUUUCCUCCCCAACGUGCAUGCAUUUUAUUUCCAGAUGCAUGCCCCCCCACCACUGUACAGCACUGUAAUACAGUCCAAACCACAAAACAUGACCUUACAGUCAUGCAGACUCUGGUUACACUUACUCUAUACACAUGUACCAGCCCGUAUGUCAUUGUGUGCAACCUUCGGCUAAAAAAUACAACCCCCGGCGUAACCUGUUGACUAAAAGGACAAACGCUAAACCAUGGAGAAAAAAAAACACAUUUUGAUUUAGUUAGUUUUGUCGGAUCGUUGCGCUCCUUCUUGUGUUGCAGUCAGACUGUUUGGUCGGCCAAAGCCAACGGCUCCAUGUAGCCAGCCAUCCCACAAUAACUUUGAUCUCUCUGGGAACGCCACAGUUCACUUUGUAGAAUAUGCAUUUGGGUCUCUGCACCUUGUGAAGCGGGUUCGUUACCAUUUCAAUUGGUUUUAACCUCAAGAACAGCAGAAACCAUCAACUCUUCAGUUACUUAAUAAUAAUAAUAAUAAUAAUAAUCAUCUAUAAACUCCGUCCAGAUUCACUAAGACUGCAUCCUUUGGAUCUUGGUCUAGUUGGAAAGGUGCAUUCGUCCGUCAAUCACAGGCUCUGGUUCUGGCUAGAAAGGAUCCGUCUGGUUGAGAGUUAGUGUUGAUGUAUUUCUGUUCUGCAGGCAUCCUGUAUCUCUACACUAGUAGGAGGUCCAUCAGCAGUUCUGUGUGACAUGUUUACAUGCAGUGUGUAAUUAGUUUUAGAUGAAGGUUCCAGUGAUAUAAUGAAGUCAUGAAUCAAGUUCAAGGUUAUUUAUUAAUAUGUUCAUUUAAUUAUCACUUUGUGUUGGUUUUGUUGAGUCCUACGGAGAAAAAGGGUCUGACAGUCUUCCCCGCUCAGUCCUGGUCCUGGUUCUGGUUCUCCCCGUGCCUCCCUUCCCUCCAGCGGGCCCAGUAAUACGUCCUGGGCCUCUAGCAGCGUGGUGUCGGUGUUGGCUCCCAUCGAGGUGAAGCUCUGCUCCUGACCGGAGGAGGAGCUGCUGCUGCCGAGUUCUCCACCUCCCGCCGAGGCUCCGACUGUCGGGAAACCGGAUCUGGGUCUGUCUUUGGCGGGCCGGUCGCUGCCGGAGGCUCUGCCGAAGGCUCUGCCGAAGUGAGCUGAAGGAGUUUCUAGUGAACCUCUAUGAUUUCGUUGGUCUACAACGUUAAUACAACAGUUAACGUCCCACGAAGGGAAUCCUGUUCCUUACGAGUUGUUUUCCCCGAGUCGCUCCGAUUACAACGAGAACAUGAUGUCAUAUUUACACAAGACGGAUCCGUCCUAGCCAGAACCCAGCGCGCUGUGCAGCAGCUCUCUGUGCAGCAGCAGCUCUGUGCAGCAGCAGCUCUGUGCAGCAGCAGCUCUGUGCAGCAGCUCUCUGUGCAGCAGCAGCUCUGUGCAGCAGCAGCUCUGUGCAGCAGCUCUGUGCAGCAGCAGCUCGGCAUAACACGAUGUGAACAUUUCAUGUCACCAUUAUUGUGAUUCAUGAUGUUAUCCUGAUGGUUUUAGGGGUGACAUUUAAAGGGUUUGUUUUUCUCAAUAAAUAAAGGCCAAAGUGUGUCAAACUAAAGAUAAACUCAUCUCUCCAUCGCUAAAACUCCUCAAUAUUAAACUGCAGUAAACUAAUGUAGAGCUACAUGUCGGACCAGCAACGAGCCCAUUGUGUGAUUUUAUGAAUUACAAACUGUUCAUAAACCAGCUCAGACAAAUACCUCCGUCUUUAUCUUGGCUCCGUCUUUGAUGGAUCACAUUUCAGCUGAAGAUCAUCUCUCCGUCAUGGUUUUACUUCAAGUGUCCCAGAACAUUUCACAUCUUCUCAAAUCCAAAGUGUAAAAGCAACGAGGCCACGGAGCGCUGAAAGAAGACAUGUUAUUUAUUAUUUUUGUAAUUGUUGUAAAUAUAACUCAUGAAACAGCAAAUUAACUGACAAAAGUACUUAUUGUGAAUGGACAUGUUUUAUUAAUUAAUGUCUGUUUUAACACUGUACAUACAUUUUUCAUUUUAUUUUUUUAAUUUGUCACAGAAAUACCACAAUUUAAAUGUGAUAUUACUAAAGGGGGGGGUUAAAUGAUGAGGAUGUGACGAUCUGUAAAUGAGUCAUUAAGACAUUCAACCAAAUAAAAAAGGGGGAUUUCAUAA